AUGCACCGGGCAGUAACCGCAUCUGCAAACUUCCACAGCAAGAUCCAUACCAGGAUGAUCUUCUAUGAUUUCCGAAGGCUGCUACCAACACUGCGGUUCUGUCGCUCACAGGAAUGGUGGGAGAGCUAUGCUCUGAGACAUACUUUUUUUUCCACGUGCAGACGUGUGGUGCGCAAAUCCAUUGCCAGAGUCCUAACCGUUAUCAACCAGACCCAGAAGGAGAACUUGAGGAAGUUUUACAAGGGCAAAAAGUAUAAGCCUCUCGAUCUGCGGCCGAAGAAGACUCGUGCCAUGCGACGCAGAUUAAAUAAACAUGAAGAAAAUCUGAAGACCAAAAAACAGCAGCGAAAAGAACGUUUGUACCCUGUCCGGAAAUACGCCAUCAAGGCAUAAAACUGCAGUGUGCCGAAAGUUCUUAAUUAUAUUGGCUGAGUACGUCUCAUUAAAUAGAAUUUUGUUUGGAAGCUG